AUGGCGGCUUCUGCAGCGAGGGGCGCUAUGGCGCUGCGUACAAAUAUCGGCCGGCCGGUUGCGUUUGUCAGAAAAAUUCCCUGGACGGCGGCCUCAAGUGAGCUGAGAGAACACUUUGCACAAUUUGGCCAUGUAAGAAAGUGCACUGUUCCUUUUGACAAAGAGACUGGCUUUCACAAAGGUAUGGGUUGGAUUCACUUUUCUUCAGAAGAAGAACUUCACAAUGCACUACAACAGGAAAAUCAUGUUAUUGAUGGAGUAAAGCUCCAUGUUCAACCUCAAAAACCCAAAGCUUUACAAGGAGACCAAACAUCUGAUGAAGAGAAAGAUUUUUGA